UUUUCUAUUUUUAUUGAGAAGAAAAAGAAAAAGAAAUCCGAAAAGUCAUGUAAUCUAUUGGCACGUAUCCGAAAAGGAAGUAGUCAAAAUUUCGAACAUGAACAUUGGGAUGCACAACGCCAAAUGUUAAGCUUAUCAAGAGACCCUCCUUUUCCGCUUCUUUAUUAAAAAUAAAAUAAUAAAUUAUAUAUAUUUAGAUACCAUAUAUAAAACCCAGGGAGAUAUAUAUUAAUCCCAGAAUCCCAACCACUUCUUACAAAACCAGAGACAGCACGAAGCUGACUGUUCGUAGCUUCUCAAGUUUUCAAUUUCCCAUCGUGUUUGUUUACUGGGGCUUUUGCUUUCUCUGAAAAUGGAGGGCGUUGAUCAUUUAGCGCACGAGCGGAGCAAGGCGCAGUUCGAUGUGGAUCAGAUGAAGGUCGUCUGGGUCGGUUCUCGCCAUGCCUUGCAAGUCUCCGAUCGAAUUGCUCGCCUCGUAGCUAGCGAUCCGGUAUUAAGAAAGGAUGAUAGAACUAUGAUGACUAGAAAGGAGUUGUUCAAAAACACAUUGAGAAAAGCAGCUCAUGGAUGGAAACGGAUCAAUGAGCUUCGACUUUCUGAAGAAGAAGCAUCCUGGUUUAGGCAUUAUGUUGAUCAACCAGCAUAUACGGAUCUUCACUGGGGAAUGUUUGUGCCUUUUAUUAAAGGAUCUGGUACUGAGGAACAGCAAAAGAAAUGGUUGCCGUUGGCAUAUAAGAUGCAAAUUAUUGGUUGCUAUGCACAGACUGAACUUGGUCAUGGCUCCAAUGUUCAAGGGCUUGAGACCACUGCAACUUUUGAUCCAAAGACUGACGAGUUUGUUCUUAAUAGUCCUACACUCACUUCAAGCAAAUGGUGGCCUGGUGGUUUGGGAAAAGCUGCUACACAUGCUGUUGCUUUUGCCCGUCUUAUUACUGAUGGAAAAGACCAUGGAGUAAAUGGUUUCAUUGUCCAACUUCGGAACUUGGAUGAUCACUUACCUCUUCCAGGCAUAACAGUUGGUGAUAUCGGCAUGAAAUUUGGAAAUGGAGCAUACAACUCCAUGGACAAUGGUGUCCUGAGAUUUGAUAAUGUCCGCAUACCAAGGGAUCAAAUGUUGAUGAGGGUCGCACAAGUUACAAGAGAAGGAAAAUAUGUCCAAUCCAAUGUUCCCCGACAGCUACUUUAUGGAACAAUGGUUUUUGUGCGGCAAACAAUUGUAGCUGAUGCUUCCACUGCUCUAUCACGGGCAGUAUGUAUUGCCACUAGGUAUAGUGCUGUUCGUCGACAAUUUGGUUCAGAAAAUGGUGGUGUUGAGACACAGGUGAUCGAUUACAAGACUCAGCAAAGUAGGCUCUUCCCUUUGCUGGCUUCCGCAUAUGCUUUCAGAUUUGUUGGUGAGUGGUUGAAAUGGCUAUAUACGGAUGUAACACAAAAGUUGCAAGCAAAUGAUUUCUCCACGUUGCCUGAAGCUCAUGCAUGCACUGCGGGUCUGAAGUCACUGACUACUUCUGCAACUGCUGAUGCCAUUGAAGAAUGUCGGAAAUUAUGUGGUGGGCAUGGUUAUUUAUCUAACAGUGGGCUUCCUGAGUUAUUUGCUGUUUAUGUCCCGGCAUGUACAUAUGAAGGAGACAAUAUUGUUCUACUACUACAGGUUGCAAGGUUUCUCAUGAAGACUGUUUCUCAGCUGCCGUCUGGUAAAAAGCCUGUCGGAACCACAUCUUAUAUGGGCCGUGCGGAACAUUUGAUCCAAUGUCGUUGUAAUGUUCAGAAAGUUGAAGAUUGGUUGAAACCCAGUGUGAUACUUGAGGCAUUUGAAGCAAGGGCGAUUAGGAUGUCAAUUGCCUGUGCCCAAGACCUUAGCAAGUUUUCAAAUCAAGAAGAAGGCUUUGCAGAACUCUCGUCUAAUUUAGCUGAGGCAGCAGUUGCUCAUUGCCAAUUGAUUGUCGUCUCCAAGUUCAUUGAGAAACUCCAACAAGACAUUCCAGGGAAGGGAGUGAAAGAACAGCUUCAGAACCUCUGCAACAUAUAUGCUUUGUAUAUUAUUCAUAAACAUUUGGGUGAUUUCCUCUCCACUGGCAGCAUCACAGCCAAGCAAGCUUCGCUCGCCAAUGAUCAACUUAGAUCUCUAUAUUCCAAGCUCCGCCCCAAUGCCAUUGCCCUUGUUGAUGCAUUUAAUUAUACUGAUCACUAUCUUGGCUCAGUUCUUGGCCGCUAUGACGGUGAUGUUUACCCGAAUCUUUAUGCGGAGGCAUGGAAGGAUCCUCUUAAUGAAUCAGUUGUGCCCGAUGGCUAUCGCGAAUAUAUCCAGCCUUUGCUGAAAAACCAACUCCGAAAUGCUAGACUAUGAUUUUUACUGUGGUGUCAGAGGAUUCAAUCCAUGCUAAUAAAGCUACCAGUUACUUGCUGUUCACAUUGUAUUGUCAUAUUUAUGCAACUACAAUGACUAGUUCCAGGAUAUGGGAAACAAAAGGUUUUAUAUUGUUCUUGAUAAAUGUCGCCAGCAGUAUUAAUAAAAAACAUUUUAAUAAGUUUUGGUUUAUACUUUAA